UAGAAUGAAUAUUCACUAGUUUGUUUCAUAAAAUUGAUUUUAAAUCUUGGUUAUGUUCUUUAAACAAAAUAAAGUUGUGGUGACAUAUUAAAGAAUAUACGGUUACAAGAAUUUUGUGAACAGGUGAUUCAAUCUGGCAUAUUAUCUGUUUUGUACACUCAAGACUGACGUUUUUGCCCAUUCUUCUUGAAGAAUAGCCAAAGCUUCAGUCAGGCUGGUUGAAGAAAUCUCUUACCACAGGUUUACAAUUGUAUUUAGGUCUUAAGAGCUUCCAUAAUUUCCAAAACUUAGAAUAUUGUUUAUAAGCAGUCUGCCACUUUAUGUAGCUAGACAUGGUUUGGUAGAUUUUCCAAUAUAAAUUUUUCAAUUAUAUUAGAAAGCAUAAAGAUGUCCUUCUCCCUGUGCAACAUCACCUUUGACAUUUAGUUUUUACACCGACAUAAAAUCAUGAAAUGCUCAUUUAGCAUAGAGGAAAUAACAUAGUUGUUGAAAGGCUUUUAUUGUGAAAGUGAAUGAUGUUAUGCCGGAAGUGCGUCUAGUUGCUAACGCUAAGCUGGUAGCGUUUAUCAACUGGCACAUGUUACCAAAUUUAACUCAGAAUUGUGCUAACGAGGAGUGACUUAUGCGAGACUGAAAUUUGACUUUUAUAAUCGAAAUAAAGUAUAUUUUACAAGCGUAGAAAGACGUUUUAAUUUGCUCCGAUAGUUGAUGUUACAUUAGGAUGUUUUGGGUAGAGCUAGCUUUCAUGAGCUCAUCUCGUGGUGAUGUUUCUGCUGAUUAAUAAGAGACAGGACAACUUCGGAAAAGUGUUUGAUAUCAUCAAAAUUAAAGUGAAUAUCCUGAUGGCUGCCCUCCACCGACUCCUUCUGUUACACCGGGUUUCUGAAAUCCAGAAACGGUGUUCAGGUCUGACGCAGCUCAGGAGGUUUGCGUCCACACUGUGGAAACCACAAAACAGCUCAUUUCAGAGAGGAAGGACAACUAUCUGCAGUUCUAUGGAUAAAAAUAUAGGGGAUCCAAGUAUUUCUUGCUCUAAAAACUACUCGAGUUCAUCUAGGGAUGGUGCAUCGCGGGUGAAGAGAGUUUCUAUCGAGGGAAACGUCGCUGUUGGAAAGUCAACCUUUGCAAAACUCCUGCAGUCGGUUUCUACGGACUGGGAGGUGAUGCAAGAGCCUGUCGGUAAAUGGCAGAACAUUGAGAUCAAGGGAUCAAAGGAAAUAGAUGCUUCACCCCAAGCAACAGUCAGCAACUUGCUGGAGAUGAUGUACCAGGACCCUCAGCGCUGGUCCUACACAUUUCAAACAUAUUCCUGUGUGAGCCGAAUGAGGAUACAGCUCCAGCCCCCUCCCGCUCGUCUCCUCAACACAAAGGAAACCCCUGUCCAGGUGUAUGAGCGCUCGGUCUACAGUGACAGAUACGUCUUUGCUCUGAAUAUGUUUGAACUGGGCUGCAUCAACGCCACUGAAUGGGCGACCUACCAGGACUGGCACUCCCUGAUGGUGGAGCAGUUUGGACACCGGGUGGAGCUGGAGGGCAUCAUCUACCUCAGAGCCUCACCCAAGAUGUGCAUGGAGCGUCUGAAGUCACGGGGAAGACCUGAGGAGGAGGGAGUAAAGCUGGACUACCUGGAGACGCUGCAUAGGCAGCAUGAGAAGUGGCUGAUAGAGAAGAGUACUGAGAUACACUUUGAGAAGUUGACAAAGAUCCCUGUGUUGCAGCUCGAUGCCAGUGUGGCAUUUAAUAGGGAUCCCAAGGUGCAGGAGCUGUUUAUAGCAAAGGUGAAGGACUUCUUUAAAACUUUGUGAGAAGAUGCACCUGAAGAGUCGCCAACAGAGGGCGACAAAAGACAUCAAAAUAACACAAAAGAGCACUGUACCCACUGUAUUUAAAAUGCACACAGCUUGUCUUUAUAUGAAUGUUUCACUUCUAAUGAUUCUGUUACAUUUUUUUUAAUUAAAGUUCCAUUUGUUUGUUAGUUCUCACAUCUUUUUCCAACCAGAAUUCUUGAACUGUAUAAAUACUCUUCUCUGCUAAAAUAUUUAUUUUUCCAAACAAUAAAUGCAGAUGAAUCCAGCAGUUUUUAAUACCAAGUAAUAAUUAUAAGCUAAAGAAUUACUGUGAAAAGUGCCACAAAGUGUUUAGUGAGGAUCUGCAUGUGUGGAUUUCUUAUACAUUGUUGACUAAAUAAAAAUGUUUUUUUUUAUUUCUUAA